AAAAAAAAAAUGACAACGAAAACAUUCGAAUUAAAUCCGGAUCCCGGACAAAUAAAAAAACAUAAAAAAUUCCCUUGGUAUUGUUCGCCGAUAUAUUGUGUUGUCUGGUUCUUGCUCUUCUAUGUGGCCGCCAUACCAAGUUUCUAUUAUUAUCCUGCAACAAUUUUAAUGCGCGAUGAAUCCCGCCACCCGGACGAGUUUGUGGGUGAAAGAGCUCAAAUUCAGUUGUUGGGUUUAUCUUCGAUUGGUGUAAAACUUACCGGUACUGUGGAAAAUGAAGUGCAUGCUAUUCAAUUUCUACUCAAUGAAAUUGAAAAAAUUAAAGCGGCUGCCCGCCAUGAUCUGUACGAUAUUGAAGUAGACGUUCAGUAUUCAUCGGGUUCGUUUAUGUUGUGGGGCAUGGCUACCAGUUAUCAUAAUGUUUCAAAUGUUAUUGUUAAAAUUUCGUCAAAAAAUACUAAUAGUGAUUCGUAUUUGUUGGUUAAUUCACAUUUUGAUUCGGAAGUUGGUUCACCAGCGGCAGCUGAUGCUGGUGUUAUGAUAGUUGUGAUGUUGGAAACCCUAAGGGUGAUAUCGAUUUCGGAAAAGGAGCUUAAGAAUCCGGUGGUGUUUUUAUUAAACGGCGCUGAGGAAAGUAAUUUACUGGCGUCUCAUGGUUUUAUAACACAACAUAAAUGGGCACCCUAUUGCAAAGCUUUAAUCAAUUUGGAUUCUUCAGGAGGUGGUGGUCGUGAAAUACUUUUCCAAACCGGGCCAAAUCAUCCAUGGUUAAUAAAGUAUUACCAAAAGGCAGCCAAACAUCCCUAUGCCACCACCAUAGCCGAAGAAUUAUUCCAAAAUAAUUUCAUACCUUCGGACACUGAUUUUCGUAUCUUCAGAGAUUAUGGUGAGGUGCCUGGUCUGGACAUGGCGCAUGCCUAUAACGGUUAUAUUUAUCACACUAAAUAUGACAAUUUCCAAAAUCUACAAAGGGGUACCUAUCAAACAACCGGUGAUAAUGUAUUGGCCUUAACUUGGGCCCUAGCCAAUGCCGAAGAACUUACAAAUCCCGAAGCCCAUGCCGAUGGUCAUGCUGUGUAUUAUGAUUUUUUGGGUUGGUUUCUGGUAAGCUACACCGAAACUACGGGUAUCAUUAUAAAUAGUAUAGUCUGCUGUUGUGCUGUAAUAUUUAUUGGCAUUUCGUUAUACUUAAUUGCCAAAGUAACAGAAAAAGAAGGUGGAGACAGUAAAUCAGUGUAUAUAAAAUGUUUAUUUAUAUUUGCGGUGCAAGUGGUAACGGUAUUGGCUGCCGUGGGCUUAACUUUACUAAUUGCGGUUAUUAUGGAUGCCUUAGGUUUAACACAAUGCUGGUAUUCAGAAGAAUGGUUAAUCUUUGGUUUAUACUUUUGCCCCAUGUUCUUUGCCAUGACAAUGAUGCCUGCCCUUUAUAUACAAUGGACUAAGAAAACGAAUCCUUUGGGUGUAAAUGAUACUAUAACAUGUUUUAUGCAUGCUCACUGCAUAUUAUUGGUUAUUAUUUGUAUUAUCAUGACUGCUAUGGGUAUAAGAUCCUCAUUUUUCCCCAUGAUAGCUGUAUUCUUCUAUGCUGGAUCGGUUUUAUUGAAUAUGAUAUUGUCAAGAUUUACCACCAAAUGCUAUUAUAUAGCCUUGCAUCUUGUAUGCCAAGUGAUGCCCUUUUGGUUUUACACUUAUUUGGCCUUUGUAUUUUUGAAUACUUUUAUACCCAUGCAGGGUCGCGAUGGUCCCGAAAAUAAACCAGAAAUUUUAAUAUCAUUAUUUGCAGCUAUAUUUGUAAUACAUUUUGGCGGAUUCAUACUGCCUAUUUUACACAAGUUCCAUAAAUCGAAAUCUUUAUUCUCUAUAUUUGGUAUUUUAACCAUAAUAUUUAUUAUUAUUGCCGCCACCCCGGCUGGUUUUCCCUAUAAGAAAGAUGUAGCUCCUCAAAGAUUUUAUGUUUUGCAUACCGAACGUGUUAUUCGUGAUUAUGAUGGUAGGGUUGUUAAAAACGACACAGGAUUUUACAUACAACCCGUUGAUACAAGACCAAAUAGUUUGGCGGACACCACUUUCCAAAAUGCCUUACCCAGCUCUUGGACUAAAACAGAAUGUGAGGAAGAGACAUUUUGUGGUUUGCCAUUAUACAAUUCCAGAUGGAUGGAUUGGAAAAAUUCCACGAUGUGGAUACCGGCACAGCGUCCCAAUCUUGUCAUACCCACAGAAUUGACACUCACUGGUAAAGUCUACAAAACAAACACCACAAUACGUUACAACUUUAGCCUAAAAUCAGCCGACAGAAUCGUAAUCUAUAUCGAUCCUUUGGCAAAUGUAAAUGUUAGAAAUUGGUCAUUUGAUCCAAUACCUUUACAGACAAAUUAUAAACCGCCCUACUUUAUCUAUCAUGUCUACUCUAUGGUUGAUACACCCCUGGAAUUUUGGAUUGAAAUAGAGCAUGAUACACUGCUAGUGGAAGGACCCUACUUACAUUUGGGUAUAGGAGCCCAUUUUCAAUAUCAUACACACACUUAUACAGCAGAAUUUCAAGAUUUUCUCAAAACUUUCCCUGAUUGGUCUUACGCCACAAACUGGGCGGCUUCGUAUGAAAGCUGGCAAUUUUAAUUUAACUUUGAAAGA